AAUCGAAGACAAAGAAGAACUCGAAGAAGCUCGUCAACGCGCCGCCGCCACAACCACCGCCGCCUCCACCGUCCUCAGCCACCUCGACCGCUCCAAAGACCCCUCCUCCAAAACGCACCGCAUCAUCGGAAAUUAAAAAUGUCCAAAGCCCUAAUGGAGGUCGAGGUCAAGCUGCGGCUUCCGGACGCCGCCGCCCACGGCCAGGUCACCACUCUUCUAGCGCCGUUCCACCUCGGCACCCACCGCCAGGAGAAUCUCUUCUUCGACGGCUCCAAAUCCGAGCUCUCGGCGCGCCGGGCCGUGCUCCGGCUCCGGUUCUCCGACCGGAGCCCCCUCUGCGCCGUGACGCUGAAGGCGAAGGCGGUGCUGGUCGACGGCGUGAGCCGGGUGGAGGAGGACGAGGAGGAGAUGGACCCGGCGGUGGGGCGGGCGUGCGCCGCCGAGCCGGAGAAGAUGAUGGCGGCGGAGUCUAGGGUUUUGAGGAGGGUGAGGGAGGAGUUUGGGGUUUUAGGGUUUGUGGGGAUGGGAGGGUUUGGGAAUGUGAGGGAUGUGUAUGAUUGGAAAGGGUUGAAAUUGGAGGUGGAUGAGACUAAGUAUGAGUUUGGGACUUGUUAUGAGAUUGAGUGUGAGAGCGCUGAUCCUGAUGGGGCUAAGGAGAAGCUUGAGGAGUUCUUGAAGGAAAAUGGGGUGAGGUAUUCGUAUUCUCAAGUGUCCAAGUUUGCGACUUUUCGAGCUGGGAAGCUGCCUUCAAUGGGGUGAAUUUUCUGAUAUAAUUGUGUGUUGUUCUAAUGCUUCUUCUACAAUGUCGGUUUUGUGAAGAACUUGGAUUGUAUGAAGUUUUUAUAUAGUGCAAUUUGGUUGAAUAAAGUUUUUAGAUUUGGUGCA